GUUAAAUAGUUAAAGAUAUUUGUUUUGGCGGUUUUUUUAAGAUCUUUAAUAAAAUGUUUGUAAAUCGAAAGUUGUAGAUCAGUUGGACUGGAUCCUUGAUUUCAUUUGAGUUCAAACAUGGAACAGUAACACGAAAAAGUGCUACAUAUCUUCAGCAUAAUGGCAAAACCACAUGACGGAGUUGGUGAUGAAUACAUCCAGAAAUGUCGGAAAACAGCAAUGCAAGAACUUGACGAUUAUUUGACUGACCCUAAAAACCAUUUAUAUCAAUCUAUCGACGACAUAUCAAGGCGUGUGCGGGCGGCAAAUGAGGAGUCAAAACAGCUUAAAGAACAUUUUGCGAAGGAAAACUAGGUCAUUCAGAAACGUUUAACCGAGUCUGAAAAAGCCAGGGAACGUUAUCGCAAAGAGAGGAAUGAUCUGAAAACAGAAAUCGAAAAAUUCAGCCGAGAAGCAAAGCAAACUGAAAAGCAAGAACAGCUUAGACGGGAAAUUGACGAACUGCAGAAUAUGUUCGAGCAAAAGAAUAAAGAAUGGGAAAGAAAAUUGAAAGAAUCUGAAGAUUCAAUUGAAAUAAUGAAAAGGGUCCAAAAACAGAAAAUUGAACAGUAUGAGAAGGACAUUAAAAAGCAAAAACUAAAAGUAAAAGGUCUCGAGGAGCUGAUGGAAAAGAGUAAAUUUAGCUUCGGCGACAUAGGUAAAUUAAGGAAAAAGCUAGAUGAAACUGAAAAGCAGCUGCAUGAUACAAACGACAGACUUGUUCGGGUUUCCUCAAAACCAAAAGAGACAGAAAAAGAACUUGAUGACACAAAAACACGACUGAACAAUUCAAUAGGUGCUAAACUGACAGAUAAUAAUCCAAACAUAGCUGACUUGAGUGACACUUACCGCCCCACAAAGCUGGCUGAAAGAUAUACCGAGCUGUAUGACAAUCAGUGGACUGAUGCAUUCGAACAGAUACAGAAAGAAGUGCACUCUGACAGCGAUGAAGAAAUAAUCAAUAUUCUUCUGCAGAUUCUACUGGACAUUUCAGAUUUUUGCAACCGUAGAGCAAAAAAACAAAUGGAUGAUUUAAAGAAAACCAUUUUAUGCUCUGAUUCGAUGGAUGACGGAAGUGUUCCUGACUACGUAACAAAACAGUUAGAGAACUGUCGGAAAGAAAUGUUUUCAGUAACGAAAGAUCAUGUUUUUGAGUUAUAUUUAUCAAAUUUGCGAAAUGAAAGAGGACAACCAAACUACGCCCUGAGAAUUACGUUCUUUGUGAAAGAAUGCAUUCAAAUAUGCUGGCUUAUGGCUAUUCAAGAACCGCCGGUUGUUUUCGCUUCCAGGGGUAAGGGCGAACUAUACAAUACUGAAAUGUAUAAGCCGUACACGAAAAAUGGAAAGUAUGUGAAGUUUAUUGUGUGGCCGGCCAUGCUUUUGCAUAAAGAUGGACAUGUUUUGGCAAAGGGUGUUGCCCAAGGUGAGCGCGGAAAACAAGGCAAUGACAAGGUAGCCAUUGACAGUGUUGAUGUGCUAAACAUCGAAAAGCACGUUCCGCAUGCAGAAAACAAAAUAUCUGCAGAAAUUGGAAAAGAGAGACAUCAACGUGCAAAGAGUGCAGAAGAAAGAAGGUUCGAACAACCAGCGCUAACAAAGAUGAGCAGUACAGAAACAAAGUUAAUUUGGAGACCUUACAAGGAGUAUGACAGAAAUCCUACGCAUGAAGAGAUGCGCACUUACUUUUAUUAUUUUGACCGCCGAGAGUACAGUAAGGCUAGAGAAGUGCUCGGCAGUAAAGUAUACAUUAGGUGUAUGCAAAAUGAACAUAAACGACAUGUACGGUAUCAGCCACCGCCUCAACCUUGACACGAUCUAUCUUAUCAAUAUCAAUAUAACACCUAGCUGGAACAUAAAACAAGUUUUGUCAUCUUUAUAUGGCUAUGUUUAAAACUGAAAACAGUAAAAUCUGUACCCUCAUUUCUGAAUUACAAUUACAGAAGCGGUCUUUUGUACAACAUUUGUAAGCAUUCUAGUUGUAUUUAUGCUAAAAGAAAAUCGCGUUCAGAAUUUAUUUCUGCUCCCGCACCUUAUCAUAAAAAUAAAUAAAUGAACUGACCUAAUGUUUUGACCUUGAAUAUGUUCCAUGAUGCUCUGAAUAAUGAAAGGCAACAAUUGUUUAGUAUGAUGUUCAGUGUUUGAUCUUUGAUCUUGCUGUGAAACCUUGACCUUUAACAAUGACCAUGUUAUUUUCUGCACAUUUCUCAUUAUGGUCAUUUAGAAAGGGAGCAAAAAUAUUGAACAGACAUGUUUUUUAUGCCCCCGAAGGGAGGCAUAUAGUUUUUGAACCGUCUGUCAGUCUGUCGGUCUGUCCGCAAUUUUCGUGUCCGGUCCAUAUCUUUGUCAACGAUGGAUGGAUUUUCAAAUAACUUGGCAUGAAUGUGUACCACAGUAAGACGACGUGUCGCACGCAAGACCCAGGUCCGUAGCUCAAAGGUCAAGGUCACACUUAGACGUUAAAGGUCAUUUUUCAUGAUAUUGCAUUCGUGUCCGGUCCAUAUCUUUGUCAUCGAUGGAUGGAUUAUCAAAUAACUUGGCAUGAAUGUGUACCACAGUAAGACGACGUGUCGCACGCAAGACCAAGGUCCGUAGCUCAAAAGUCAAGGUCACACUUAGACGUUAAAGGUCAUUUUUCAUGAUAGUGCAUUCGUGUCCGGUCCAUAUCUUUGUCAUCCAUGAAUGGAUUUUCAAAUAACUUGGCAUGAAUGUGUACCACAGUAAGACGACGUGUCUUGGGCAAGACCCAGGUCCGUAGCUCCAAGGUCACGGUCACUCUUAGACGUUAAAGGUCAUAUUUCAUGAUAGUGCAUUGAUGGGCGUGUCCGGUCCAUAUCUUUGUCAUUCAUGCAUGGAUUUUAAAAUUAUUGAGCAUGAAUGUGUACCACAGUAAGACGACAUGUCGCGCGCAAGACCCAGGUCCGUAGGUCAAAGGUCCUAAACUCUAACAUCGGCCAUAACUAUUCAUUCAAAGUGCCAUUGGGGGCAUGUGUCAUCCUAUGGAGACAGCUCUUGUUGAUUAAUAAAACAAACCUGCAUCAAAAUUCUUGUUGAUACUAAUUUAAUACUUAUCAAAGUGGUUGUACUUAGUAGUUCAGGUAUAAUGUUUGCAUGAUAAAGUUUGAUGACAAUCCUUCAAGGAGUUUAGAAGAUAUGAAUUGAACACUUUGUUGUGAUCAGGCAGGCACAAUUGAGAAGAAUGUUCUGCAUACCAUCUUUAUCUUUCAAUAUGCUUCAAGGGGUUUAAAGAUAUUAUGGAAAAACUGGAAACAAGGUGCAAACACAACAAAAUCCAGGACUCAGAUAGUUAAACUUAACCUUGGGUAUGCACCAUGUUUAUUUUUUCUAAAAUUAGAAAAGUGGGAAUACAUAAACAUUUGUACAUUAGAUGAAAAAAAAGGUCUCUUGUUUUUAGCACGAAUUGCUCAUGGCGCCCUUUUAAGAUCAUUCAUCCGUCAGUAGUCUAUCCGUCCGUCAAUGUCACAAAAAUGUUGCUCCAAAUUCCUUUUAUUCAUUCUGUUUCGUUAACAUUGCCGCUAAGUGAGUGAGUGAGUGAGUUGGUUCUUACGGCGAAUCGGCACAAUAUGGUCAUAUAUCGCCGAGAAGAAGUUAUAUUGAAAACGCCAAUUGUAAAGCAUAUCUAAAAUCAUUUAUGUAAAAAUGUAAAGCAUAUCUAAAAUCAUUUAUGUAAAAAUGUAUAUA